GCAUCUUCGAUGGAAGCCAAGAUGGAGGCUACUCCCUCGUUGCUGAAUCUCCCUCUGCUGCUCCUAAUCCAGCUCAGCUAUGUGCAUCAGGAGGCAUCAGCUGCCUCUGCAAAUGCCCUCUGGGAGUCAGGCCUUCCUUUUGUGAGCAUCCUUUUGUCGAAUCUGCCCCUUCUGGAGUGACCACUUGUCUACUUCAAUUAUGUUUCUUGUUUUAUUGGAGUGGCUUAAACACAGGUGAUUCUACUCCCGGUUCAAGAGACUAUUAGUCUGAGAGACCAGAAGAGGGCCUUGCUGCUGACCUAAAAAAGGAACCAUUUCCUGUAGCCACAGUGUACUGGCUAGUUUUGUGUCAACUUGACACAGCUGGAGUUAUCACAGAGAAAGGAGCUUCAGUUGAGGAAAUGCCUCCAUGAGAUCCAACUGUAAGGCGUUUUCUCAAUUAGUGAUCAAGGGGGAAAGGCACCUUGUGGAUGGGACCAUCUCUGGGCUGGUAGUCUUGGUUCUAUAAGAGAGCAGGCUGAGCAAGCCAGAGGAGGCAAGCCAGUAACGAAUAUCCCUCCAUGGCCUCUGCAUCAGCUCCUGCUUCCUGACCUGCUUGAGUUCCAGUCCUGACUUCCUUGGUGAUGAACAGCAGUGUGGAAGUGUAAGCCGAAUAAACCCUUUCCUCCCCAACUUGCUUCUUGGUCAUGAUGUUUGUGCAGGAAUAGAAACCCUGACUAAGAGACACAGUCUGUAGAGCUUUUGUUUUGUUAUUUUUGAGACAAUGUAGCCCCUAUGGCUUGAUACUUGCUGUAGUGGCUAUUCCUGGUUGUCAACUUGACUAUAUUUGGAAUGAACUACAAUCCAGAAUUGGAAGGAUCACUAGUGACCCUUAUCUGGAGGCUUGGAGAUCCUUAUCUGGAUCUUGGUAUGGAAAUCUUGAGCCAUAGUGGCUAUGGAUUCCAGAAGAUUAAAUCUCGGAGUUUAAGGAACACACCUUCAAUCUGGGCUACACCUUCUGCUGGAGACAAUAUAAGGACAUUGGAAGAAGGGAGUCUAGCUCUUGCUCCUUCGCCUGCUUGCUGCGUGAGACUGAGUAACUGCUAGAUCCUUGGACUUCCAUUCACAGCUGCGACUGAACAGUUGUUGGGAAUUGGGCUGCCGACUGUAAGUCAUCAAUAAGUUCCUCUACUAUCUAGAGACUGUCCGUAAGUUCUGCGACUCUAGAGAACCCUGGCUAAUGCACUUGCUGUGUGUUUUAGGCUGCGUUCAGACAGGACCUGGUAAUCCUUCUCUCUCAGCCUCUGGACUGCUGGGAUUAAACAGGUGCCAUCUUUGUUUGGGUUUUGAUCAGGUCUCACUGUUUUUUGAAUUUUAACAAGUUUUUUUUUUUUUUGUUGUUGUUUUUGAGACAAGGUUUUGCUGUGUAGCCCUGGCUGUGCUGGAAGUUGCUUUGUAGACCAAGCUGACCUUGAACUCCUAGAGAUCCAAUUGCCUCUGCCUUGCCAGUGCUGGGGUUAAAGGGAUGUGCCAUGUGCCGCCGCCACAUUUCGGCGGAGGGGAGAUUUAAACCAGUGUUUUUCAUUAUUUUACAUGCAUGCAUGUAUGUCCAUCACAUGCAUGCAAUGCCGUACAGGCCAUUAGAAGGCAUCAGAUCCCUGGAACUGGAGUUUCAGAUAGUUGUGUGCUUCCAUGUGGGUGCUGGGAAUCAAACCGAGGUCUUAAAAGUAGUAAAUGCUUUUAAGUGCUGAGCCUACCCAUAUCUCCUACCCAUAUCUUCUACCCAUUGUAUACAUUGUAUAUAAAUAUGUACAUGAAUUGAGACAGUGUUUCUCUGUGUAGCCCUGGUUGUGCUGGAAGUUGCUUUAUAAACCAGGCUGGCCUUGAACUCAGAGAGAUCCAAAUACACACACACACACACACACACACACACACACACACGUCAGGGGCCACCAUAGGACAAGCUAAUAACUAGCAGGUAAUCUUUCAGACAUGGUUUGCCUCAGAUUAAAAUAAUCCAUGACAGAUUUGCUCCUAUAGGCAAGGCCCAGGAGAAAAUCAUUUUUGGAAAGAUUACUAUUAACAUGCUUUUCCUGUUAUUAUCACAUAUAUAACAAUCACUAGGUAGUGACCCACCAUUUUGAGCAGAUCUCUGCAGAACAAUGAAGAUGUGUUUUCUUGUAGUGAUGUCUCAGCUGAUGUCUCAUGGCCCUCACUCAGCUUUUUGGGUAUCUUGUCCAGGUUUAAGGUGUAGUACCAUGCCACAAAUUGGGAUGAACUUCAUGAUGUUGGUUCAAACCUUGGACACUGGAAAGCCAUAUGUACCUAUGGUAUGGCACAUGUAAGCUCAGGAGGUUGUAGGUGAGCCAUUUUAUGUUGCCGUACUGGAGCUUGAGGGUGAAUCUAAACUUUUGAAAAUAUGUGUAUGUGUGUGAGCCUCUGUGAGUAUAUGUGUACCACAUUUGCACUUGAGCCUGUGGAGGCUAGAAAAAGGCAGUCCUGAACUUACAUGUGGAUGUUAGGAACUGAACUCGGGUCCUCUGGAAAGAGUGGAAGUGCUCUUAGUCACCAUCCAGUGCGUGUACGUGGGAGGUACUGGAAUCCUGAGGACAACUGUCCCACAGUACCUACAGUGAAACGGGGUUGGAAUUGGUCCCGGGACUCCAAACCAAAACCCAAGGUUCCAUGAGGUCUCUCAUACAAAAUGGGACUUGAUAAGUGAGCACCCACAUUCUGUAGUUUGCAGGUAAAAUACUUCUACAGACGGACCGUUCCUCUCUAGUACUCACUGCAGUGGGUCUGUUACCAGUAACUCAAAGUCAUCACUGGAAACUAGUUUUCAGGAAAUAUGAUUUGGAUCCUUCACAGGGACCAUCGUGAUAUGCAUAUGUUUUGUCAACUCAAGUACCCAAGUUCACGGCUUGUCCAGAUUUGUGUUCUAUUGCUGUGAUAAAGGCUAUGACAAAAAGCAAUUUGAAGAGGAAAAAAUUUAUCUCAUCUUUUAGCUUAUAGUCCCUCAUAGAAGGAAAUUAGGGCAAGAACUUGAGGCAGAAACCUAAGCAGGGAUAAGGGAAGAGCAUGGCUCACUAGUUUGAUCCCAUGGAUUGCUCAGCCUGCUCGCUCUCACUUGCUUGAGCGCUCUCUCUCUCUCUCUCUCUCUCUCUCUCUCUUUCUCUCAAGAUAUAGUCUCUCUGUGUAGCCCUGGCUGUCCUGGAACUUGAUUCACAGACCAGGAUGGUCUUGCUGGAACUCAGAGCUCUAUCUACCUCCUAAGUGCUAGGAUUAAAGGCAUGUGCCACCACUGCCUAGCUUUAGUUUCCAAUCUUUUACUGCCAGGACCACCCAUCCAGAGAUGGCACUGUUGAUAGUGGGCUGGAUCCUCCUACAUCAAUCAUUAAUCAAGAAAAUGUCUUCGUUACAGGCCAAUUUAAUGAAGACAUUUUAUCAAUUGACGUGAAUCUUCUCUGUAAAAGCAAGUGGCACAGUUUUUUUGUUUUGUUUUUUUGUUUUUUGUUUUUUGAGACAGGGUUUCUCUGUAUAGCCCUGGAUGUCCUAGAACUCACUCUGUAGACCAGGCUGGCCUCAAACUCAGAAAUCUGCCUGCCUCUGUCUCCCAAGUGCUGGGAUUAAAGGCGUGUGUCACCACUGCCCAGCUACUUUUUUUGUUGUUGUUAAAGAUAAUUACUGAUCAUGUACCUCUGGCUGCCUUGUUGGGCAGCCUGGCACUUAGUAUGUAGACCAGGUUGGCCUGGAACUUACUUUCUUUUUUUUUUUUUUUUUUUUUCUCUGUGCAGUCCUGGCUGUCCUGGAACUCAUUCUGUAGACCAGGCUGGCCUUGAACUCAGAAAUCCACCUGCCUCUGCCUCCCGAGGCCUGGAACUUUCAAUGAUUCCCCUAGCCUUUGCACCCCAAGUGCUAUUCUUGUUCUAGCGACUUUCAACAUUUGAUUACCCCUGAUUUUGAUUCAUGACCCAAAUUUGUAGAUAUUUUAAGUAGAUUGUGUGGCUGCACACAUGUGAGUUUGUAAGUUUUAGGUCUGUACAGAGCUUCAGGUUAUCCAGGGAUAUAUAGUGAGAACUUUUCUCAAAAAAGAAAAAAAAAUUUUUUUUUUAAUUUUCUGUUUACAAGUAUGUGUGUGCCGGAAGAGGUUCAAAGAGGGCUUCGGAUCCCCUGGACAUUAUCAAUAGUGGGCAAGGACCUCAGGUUUCUGGAGAGAACAGCAAGAGCUCUUAAUGGCCCAGCCAACUCCCAAGUCUCUUCAGUUAUAUUUUUUCCAAGAAUUACAUAAAAGAGGCUAUUACACGGUCUUUUUUCUUUCUGCCUCACUUUUCCGGGUGUCUUGAAUACCAAUACAUACACUCCAGAAAAGGUAGAACUAGGUUAUCUACAGAUUUGCACGAACAUUGAUUUACCUCACAGUGCCUCUGGCUUCACUCCAGUAAUUAACAUCUCGAUGGAGUUGCUACUUGAGCGAGCCUCCUAUCAGUCCACAACAAGGCUUGGUGACCAGAACUUGGUGACUGGAGUCCUAAUGCAGUCUAUAUCGUGGGUAGAAGUUGUGCAGCGAAACACUUACGAUGUAUGAAUCUCUGGGUCUGGUAAUCUAGCAAGGCAAACCAGCCUUGGCUAUAUAGUGAGUUGCUUCUAAAUAUAACCACACCAAACAAAAAAUACCCGUCGUGAAGGUGAGUGGAAGUCGGAGAAGUGGGUGGCUAGGGGGAUAGUGUCAUGAGAAACUAAAGUCUGAUUGCUCAUGGGCCAGAACUUCCUCCUAACGUACGUAGAAAUUCCGAGUAUGGCUCAUGUCAAACCAUAGUUGCCCGGAAACUAUGAUCUUUUUAACCUACUCCAGUGUUGCCAGAAUGUCUUCUCACGCUGUUCGUCAGAGUAUAAACAGUGAAGUGGGUAGACGUCUGGUCAGGGGAAAAAAAAAAAAAAAAAGCUAAAAAUACCUCAUCUAAGGGUCUGAUGGCUCAGUGGGUAAAAAGCGCUUACUGCCACGCCUGACAAGUGUUUGAUCCUCGAAACCCACAUGGUGGAAGGAGAAAAACUGCUCCCGGAAAAUUGUCCUCUGACCUCUUCUGCACGCGAGCCGUGCGACACACACAAAAUACACGCAAGAAAACCUAAAACUAACUAUCGAAUAAAGACACUGGUAGGCUAUAACGCAGGAAACAAAUUCCUACAUCAUUCCUUCAAAAGCGAACGCUCAGUAGUUCCUCCCAGGGGCUCUCGCUAGAGGAUGGUGAGGAAGCGAUUCCAACCGACUACGCAGUCGUCAGAAGCCUGGGAGCCUCCAGGGCGACCGCAGGUCGACCCCUACCGGAAGUGACGCGCGGCGCAGAACACUUCCGGAGCUGCGGGGGACGGCUCUGCCGGAGGAAGCUGCGCGGGCCUGAGCCGCGUCCGCCGGCUGCCUCCGCUGCCGCUACGCCUCCGUCAGCCUGGUUUGGUCUGGCUUGACCUGGUCCGGCCGGCCUGGGCUCUGCGGCCGCGAGGUCGCGGCUCCCGAUGGAAAUCCUAUGACAGACAGUUUGGGUGAUAUCUGCAGGAAAGAUCUUUAAACAUUACAGAAGACAAUACACGCUAAUGCAUUUGAGAAAACGAUAAAAAUUGGGGGUAGGGAAAAAAGCAACUGUUUCUGCAACUUUGCUGGAUGUUAAGAUGUCUGUGGACAUGAACAGCCAAGGGUCAGAUAGCAAUGAAGAGGACUAUGACCCAAACUGUGAGGAAGAGGAAGAAGAGGAAGAGGACCCUGGGGACAUAGAGGACUACUAUGUGGGAGUAGCCAGUGAUGUGGAGCAGCAGGGGGCUGAUGCUUUUGAUCCUGAAGAGUAUCAGUUCACUUGCUUGACCUAUAAGGAGUCUGAGGGCGCCCUCCAUGAACAUAUGACCAGCUUAGCCUCUGUCUUAAAGGUAUCUCAUUCAGUUGCAAAACUUAUAUUAGUUAAUUUCCACUGGCAAGUCUCAGAGAUUCUGGACAGGUACAGGUCUAAUUCUGCUCAGCUGCUUGUUGAGGCUCGAGUUCAACCUAAUCCAUCCAAACAUGUCCCCACAGCCCAUCCCCCUCACCACUGUGCAGUGUGUAUGCAAUUUGUGCGGAAGGAAAACCUACUCUCUCUGGCCUGCCAACAUCAGUUUUGCCGAAGCUGUUGGGAACAGCAUUGCUCAGUGCUUGUCAAAGAUGGUGUUGGUGUAGGAAUCUCAUGUAUGGCUCAGGAUUGUCCACUUCGAACACCAGAGGACUUUGUAUUUCCCUUGCUUCCCAAUGAAGAAUUGAGAGAUAAAUACAGGCGCUACCUCUUUAGGGACUAUGUGGAGAGCCAUUUCCAGCUCCAGCUGUGCCCCGGUGCAGACUGCCCCAUGGUUAUCCGGGUACAGGAGCCUAGAGCCCGCCGAGUGCAGUGCAAUCGGUGCAGCGAGGUCUUCUGUUUCAAGUGUCGACAGAUGUAUCACGCCCCCACAGACUGCGCCACAAUCCGGAAAUGGCUCACCAAGUGUGCAGACGACUCCGAAACGGCUAACUACAUUAGUGCUCACACUAAAGACCCUCAGUGACCUGCCACAUUUAAGUGAGACACUCCUCCCCAGACGUGCUUGCAUUGAGCUAGCAAUGGGUGCUUGGAGUUGUGGUAAUGUUUCUUAGAACCGAGCUGAUGAUGUGUAAGCCUAAUGGCACCUUCUGUCU